AUGAUGAAUAGCAGACACAACAGUCAUCACCGGUACUCAAACCAAGACAAUCGACCGGACAGUCGGUCUUCGGGACAGUCGGAGGGCAGACAUUACCGCAACGCCAGAGACGGCACCUCUUAUCACAAGAAUGACAGGAAUGGCGGUUAUAAUAGAGGCGGCGGUCAUAACAGUGCCGGCGAUGGCAUGCGUUAUAACCACGAGACCAAUGCUCACAGAUAUCAACACAAAGACUUCAAAGACACGCGGAAUGGCAACAAAGUGGAGCCCAAACGCGUGGCCGACGCUACCCAACCGUCCGCACAGAUGCCCGGCAUUGCGGUCACGAAGAAUAGUCAGUCGACCACUCCUUUCGUGAGCGACUCGAACGGCACUAACGGUUCCCAACAGGAAGUGGUGACCACUGAAAAGGCCGAAAAGGAGGCGACGACUACAACGACCACCGCUGCGGCCACUCUGGACGCCAUGACUGAUGGCAUGAAACAAAUGGAUUUGAAGACAGCGGACGUCCGCAAAGAGGAGGACCAGAAAGAGCCGCCGGAAGAGGUGAAGAGUGCGCCGCAAAACGCCUUCAAUACCGAAAAGGUGUACCGAAGCAAAGGAGUGGAAGCGGAAGUGCCUCUCACUCGAGACCGGCGGUCGUAUACAGUGAGUGGUGUGAAUGACAAUCGAUACCAGAGGUAUCACCGGACGUUCCAGAGGAAUGGCUUCAACGAUUCCGUUCGCAACCACAUCAACACCAAUAAGUUUUACGCCAACGAUCGGUACAACACUAACGCCAAAUACGAGUCCAACGAUUACAACAAACGCCCCCAAAAGCCGAAACAACUGUCGCCGCAAAAGCCCCAAAACAACGCUCCACUCAUCUAUGACUGCACCCCAAACGUGAAUUUGGUCAACCCGUACGCCAUCAACCCAUGCGCUCCCGUCUAUCCCUAUCAGGAUAUGUAUUACAAUUACUAUCCGAUACCCAUUGCCUACAAUCCAAUGCUAAUGCAGCCAAGCGUUGCGCCAAACACUGGACUCAACACCGAUCACAACGAACUCGUGCCAAAGAAUGCCAAUCACAACAUCGUUUCCACCGACAAGAGUUCGAUGACAUUCUUCAGUCCGUUCGAGCCGACUCUGGAGCACCCGUAUCCGCCCAUGUAUUACGGUUACAUCGAGCACAUCACCGACAGCAACGGCGCCACCACUCAGUACUUUGUGUGCACUUUUCCGCCUAACAUAACGCCUCUUCGCGUGGACGUGACUCCGACUGGCGUUCCCAUCAUUCCCGCCAAUUGCUUCAUUGCCAACACAUUUCAAAACAGACAACAAUAACUGACGGCUGCCCUCCCGGCCAACCUUUUCUCCUGCCAUAUAUGAACAGUAAUUAUUAGGCCAUACUUUCUCUAAAUAUUUUUUCUCUUAAAACUAAUCUCUAUUUUUCUAAAAAUGUAUAAUUAUUAUAAUUAGUAACGAAUUAUUUGCGU